AUAAAACUGUUUCAUUAGUGAGAAAAAUGGCCCUGACUCAAGUUUCAAGCACCAAGUGUUUUGAAGGAUAUCAGAAGGUAUAUGAACAUGACAGCUAUGAGUUAAAAUGCAAGAUGCGGUUUGGAAUUUAUCUGCCUCCAAAAGCUGAGCGUGUGAAGUGUCCUGUAUUAUACUGGCUUUCAGGGUUAACAUGCACAGAACAAAACUUCAUAACCAAGGCCGGGAGUCAACAAGCAGCAGCUGAACAUGGCAUUGUCAUCGUGGCCCCAGACACCAGCCCCCGUGGCUGUAAUAUUCAAAGUGAGGAUGAUAGCUGGGAUUUUGGAACAGGAGCUGGGUUUUAUGUCAAUGCCACAGAGGACCCUUGGAAGAUGAACUACAGGAUGUACAGCUACAUCACAGAGGAGUUACCUCACCUGAUAAAUACCAAUUUCCUUGUUGAUUCUGAGAAAAUGUCCAUCUUUGGCCAUUCAAUGGGUGGUCAUGGAGCUCUCAUUUGUGCUUUGAAAAACCCUGGAAAAUAUAAGUCGGUGUCAGCACUUGCUCCUAUCUGCAACCCUAUGCAGUGCCCUUGGGGCCAGAAAGCAUUCACUGGAUACCUGGGCUCUGACAAAAGCAAGUGGGAGGCCUUUGAUGCCACUUGCCUGGCAACAACCUAUUCGGGACCUCUCCUAGAUAUUCUUGUUGACCAGGGCAAGGAUGAUCAGUUCCUGGCUGCAGGACAGUUACUCCCUGAUAGCUUCAUCACAGCUUGUACUGACAAGAAAAUACCUGUUGUUUUUCGGCUUCAGGAGGGAUAUGACCAUAGCUACUACUUCAUUGCGACGUUUGUUACAGACCAUAUCAAGCAUCAUGCAAAGUACCUGAAUGCUUAAAAGCCUGAAUGACCAUCUCAGCUGUGCCUUUUAAUCAUGUAGCAAUCAUAAAGCAUAAUCUCCAUGUGAAGAAUUAGCUGUUCCCAAGAUGAUGAACAUUAUCUCCCUUGUCUCCAUGUGGUGGCUGGCAGGAUUUGGACAAUUUAUUGGACCUGUGUUAAUCUGUUUUCAGUAUAAGAAUGGACCUAUGUCCAAAUGAAAUCACUGUACUUGAUUUGUUUUUUGGAAAUCCAACAUCAUACCCACACCAACCCAACAAAGACAAUCUGUGAGCACACCUUUCAAAUAAAGUCAAUUAAACAGCA